CUCUGAUACACUCGAUUCUGGAAGAUGCUUCUCUAUUUCUUGAUUAAAAGCAUGCACACUUUGGAAGGAGAGCGUUUUGUAGCGAUCGCUAGUGCUGGAGGGCGAACUUUAUCUUCAGCCACUGAGAGGUUAAUGUCCUCUUCCCAGCAUGCCAGGGGUGGAAGGUGCAAAAUGGCUGCGCCUGUGAGCUCGUGGGGCAAGUAAUGGGGCUGCUUGGGAAUGACCCCCUGCGGUCCCGAAAAACCCAGAAAAACAUCGUCUGGUAGGAUCGGGAAUUGCGGCUUGGGAGGGAAGACAUGGAUACUCCUGCAGACACCUGGGACAAUUUCCAUGCUCAUUUAACUUUCCUGUGGCUGAACCGAUUUUACCUCUAUUCAUGUGCAGCUUUUGGAAUCAGCCUUUGGUUUUGCUUCCAGUUCCUCAACAAAGUCAAAGAGCAGAACAAAAAUCGCCUUGCAGAAUUAAAUCUUCCUAAAAUCACAGCUGCUGAAAAAGAACAAGAUCCAAGCCUUGACAAAGUCCAUGUAGCCGGAGUGAAGGUAUUCUAUGGUUCCCAGACUGGAACAGCAAAGCGGUUUGCACUAGUACUUACUGAAGCUGUUGCCACCAUUAAUUUGCCAGUAGAAAUUAUUGACAUGCAAGAUUAUGAUCCAGAUGACUCUCUCAUAGAUGAGGUUUGUAUUUCAUCUCUUCUAGCCGGAAUGCCAUCUGUGGGUUCUCAUGGAUUCAUGGCACCUGCUUUAAGAGCAAGUAAAAACUAUGGCCAGGAGAGCUGUGGGUGGUGCUUCAGCUGAGGCCUUGCUUGGAACUGGAUGAACUGAGGAAUGGGUGUUUAAGCCUUUAUCAUCUCUUUUUUUUGUUUGUUUUCAAGUCCAUUUUGACUCCUGGCAAUUGCCUGGACAAGUCCAUGUAGUUUUCUUUGCAAAAUUUUCAGAAAUGAUUUCCAUUGCUUUCUUCUUAGGAAAAUGACCAGCCCAAAGUCAUCCUGCUGAGUUUGUGCCUAAGGUAGAAUUAGAACUCUGAAUCUCUUAGUUUUUAACCCAGUGCCUUUAACCAAACUGAGCUUCUCUGUUAGAUUACCAUACUCUAUGUGAGGCUGCACCAAAAUUUCAUGUGAUCCAGAAGGCAUCAGCAUACACACUCAGUUAGAUUAUUGAUAUACCUCUGCUGCAGGAGCUGUACCGUUACCAGUGGAUUCCAAGUGCAUUUUAAGGUGCUAGUCACUAAAGCUAUAUAUGGCUCUGAGCUUGGGAACUGUUUUUCCAUAUUAGUUUCUGUCCAUACUACCUGGACAUAAGGGGAAGCCUGCUAAGAAUCCCCAUCUCCCAAGAAAUACAGUGGUGGGCAAUAGUGACAUUUUUUCUAUAGCAGUACCCUACCUUUGAUAUAAUAUGGCCUUGAAACAACAAUUACCUUACAGUCUUCCAGGUGCAGGAGAAAAAAUAGCUCUUUUAGAGCAGGAGUUCACAACCCCUGGGCUGCAGCCUGUUCAAAACUGGGUCAUGGGGAAAAUGGGCAAGUGCAUACAUGUGAAGCUCCAUUUGCGUGAGUGGAGGGCACUCGCGCUCACACAUGAAGCUCCGCUCGAGUGAGCGGAGGGCACUUGUGCUUAUGUGAGUGGAGCUUUGCGCAAGAGCACAGUACCCUCUAUUCAAGUGCCUUCGGCUCACGAGCAGAGCUUUGCACAUGAGUGCAAGCACCCUCUGCUCAUGCACAAAACUCAAUUCUCACGAGUGGAAGGUGCGCACAUGCUGCUUGCACAAAUGGAGCUGUGCGUGUGCGUGCACUGCCACUUACACCACUCCUCCUCACCGGGCCUGGCCAGGCCGCCAAGCUGGAAAGAUUGGGGACCGCUGUUCUGAAGGACCUUUUUGAUUAACUGUAUAUAAUAGUGUCAUUUUCCAUAGUUCUAUAAAUGUAGCCUUUUAUCUGUAGUUGCCUUUUAAAUUUUAUUCUAAACUUGUAUUUACUAUGUAAAUUCUGUAAAUUGCCUAAACUAUGGUUGAUUUCAGAUGGCAAAUAAAUUAGACAGACAGACAGAAUCAAUAUCCUAAUGGUUAACAACAAUAACAAAAUAACAUUUUAAUUGUUUGAUUAUGUUCUCAAGUGAGUAUCAACUCAUAGUGACCUGAUAGACAGGCCUUGUCAUGCCUCCGUCAGAGCCUGACUCUGAGGAAGACAUGGAGUUCCCUGUUGAGGCCCAGGAGGGGGUAUCUGUGGCUUCGGAGGACUGUGGGGAGGAACAGGCUGAAGCAGGCCAGGGCCCUUCAAGUUUGGAACAGGGAAGGCAGAGCUCAGGCGAGGAGCAAGGCCCCCCCCCACCAGAUCCCAGAGCAAGGAGAGCAGAGAGAAGGAGGCAGGCUCACUUGCUCGGGAGGAGAGCGUCACACUCCACUCCACAGGGCAUACCUGGGGAGUAGGUAUUUAAGGAGACGCUGUGGGAUGGGGCAUUUGCCGGGAACAAAUGUGAACUCUUGUGAUUUGAGCUCUUGUACCUGGACUCUUUGUAUUUUGGAUCAA